AUGGAAGCUGGGAAUGUUGUGACCCUUGGUGCAAUAUGCUUUGGCACUGGAGCUAUUUGUUUACUGGUGCAUCCUGCACCUGCUUGGCUAAAUCCAAGCUUGAUUUUCUUGGGCGGGCUCAUCACGAUCCUCCUUCCAGUUGCUCCAGAUGCGGAGGUGAAACAUGCCAGUGAUACUGGCAAAUCAGGAAUGCCUGUGUGGUUAGCGAUUUGUAUUUUCCUGCUGUAUGUGGGAGUUGCUGCAUUCACCGUUUGGAAAGACACAUUUGAUCAUGGAUGGAUCAUGCCAUUCCUGACUGCAGGUAUGUUUGUGUGGGGUGGAGGCCCCGUCGUCCUCCCGAUGCUCAUGACCUUCCUCACACCACAGUGGAUCUCUCCCACAAUUUUCCUGGCUGGGAUCUCCUUCGCGGAAAUGAUGCCUGGGCCCGUCUUCAACAUUUCUUGCUUUCUUGGCAUUCAGCUUGCCUUCAAUGCUGGAUGGAACUGGCUUGCGGGCAUUGCAGUUUGCUGGGCAGGGCUAAUGCUUCCCGGCAUUACCCUGAUCUUUGGCGCCUACACUCUCUGGGAUGAACUGCGAAAGCAACGUUUGUAUCAACAUGCUCUUCCAGGUCUUAAUGCUGCUGCAGUUGGUCUUCUUGUGCCUACGAUGUUCGUGGUGUACGACACGCUUCAGGAGAGAAGUCCAUGGCAAGCUGGUAGCAGAGCACUUGUCGUUUUGGCCUACUAUUUGAUUGAACUAUGCAAGGUCAACGUUCCCUCCGUUGUAAUUGUCUUUGGCGCCGUGGGUUUUUGCUGGGCCCUUGCUCAGUAA